CCGGGUUGCUUCAAAAAGGAAGAACAAAAUGAAUUCUUGAAAGCUGGUGAAGAUUUAUUCAAACCAACAUUUUGGGUUGGUUAGAAAUUUUUGGCCAUUCCAUUUUUACCGAAAUGGGCUUUUGAUCUAAUACCAGUGUCUUUUGUACCUCCAUCAAUGGAUCGGUGGUUUAGGAAGCUAGUUCAAACAAACAAAAACUCGCGCUCGAAAGAUUAUCAGAGCAACGACCUAUUCCAAACAUUGCUUCAAAUUCAAGAAAAGCAUAAACUCGACGAAAUAUUUUUGGCAGGUCAUUCGCUUUCUCUAUUUUUCGAUGGAACGGAAACAUCAGCAACGGCUCUCUCAUACGCUUUGUACGAACUGGGCCGAAAUCCACAGUGCCAAGAGAAGCUUCACGAAGAAAUUGUGAGAAUAACAGCUAAAUACGAUGGCAAAAUCACUUACGAAGUGCUUCAAGAGAUGAUUUAUCUUGAAGGAGUAAUACUUGAAUCAUCACGGAUUCAUCCCGCUGGAUUGGUUUUAGGGAAAGUGUGCACACAACCAUAUACACUUCCAAAAACAUCGAAACAAACGAAAUCAGUCACCAUCGCACCAGGAACAGUUGUAAAUAUUCCCAUCCUUGGAUUACAUAUGGAUCCAAAAUACUAUCCAAACCCAAAGGAGUUCAUACCGGAUCGCUUCAAUGAGGAAGAGCAACGAAAUCGACACAAAGGCACAUUUCUGACGUUCGGAGAGGGGCCAAGAAUUUGUCUGGGCAUGCGAUUUGCCAUGCUCCAAACCAAAGUCGCAUUAGCCUACAUCACUUUGAAUUUCCGUAUCAAAGUAUCACCAAGACACAAACCAAUCGUACUUGAUCCGAAAUCACCUUUAUCAUAUCCAAUAGACGGCAUUUUACUCCAAAUAGAACCACGUUAACCAAUUUUCUAACACAAAGCUGAGUGAAAUAAAAAGUUAGCCGAUCGAUUGAUUAUUUAAACAAAUUAGCAAAUAAAUGAAAAUCGUAUAAAAAAACGAAGUAGAUUUGAUGACGUAAAUGGCUUGAUUGAUUAAGCUCGCGGUCUUAGUGAGUCAAAAACGACAUUGACCCUCUCGACGUGGUUAGCUUGAAACUGUCAUAGUACACGGGCACUUUCGAUGCUUGGGUAUGUGUGUGUAACUGUCACGUGUUUUUGUAAACACAAAUUGUGUCUCAUCCGUUAUUCAAUAAAAUGUUAUCACAGGUACGAGUCGCUAGGUGGCGCUGGUUGUGCACAAUGUCUUAGCUGUUAUAUUGUGAAUAAAAUAAACACUAAACACAUGACAA